AACUUUUGGAAUGUUAUUGCAUUGACAAUGAAAAGUAGGCUAUAGUAUAAAAAUAAUAAGAGUCGCAUGCCGGUGUCCAUGAGAUUUUAAUCUGCACAUCGCUGUCACAAAAGAUGAUGCGCUUUAGUGCAAUCUAAUAAUAUUUUAAAAUACACAAAGAAUUUAGAUAACAUUUUAUUUUUCUGCAUAUAUUGAGCGAGAUAAAAGUGUGUGUGCUAUAUUGUAUUAUGAUUAACAAAGUAAAUAAUAUGUAAUUGGUAAACAUUGAUUCAUUUAAGAAUAUUUUAAUAAUGAUAAUAGUGUACAAGAUUAAAAUGUGGUUAAAGUAAUUAAAAUGUAGCGUAUCAUUCUUUUCUUCUUUUGCUUUCUGACUUUGAUGCAUUCAUAUAAAGCGUUGACUUAUUGCAAAUAUGGAUACUGAUGAUCAAGAUUUGGAACCUGAUAAUGAAAGAUUAAAUCAGAUACACGUGAAUGAAGUUCACGAAUGUUUAUCAGAAAAGGUUUUGUCUAUAAGAAGUGAGGAAAGUGUUCUAUGUGAAGCAUCAAAAGAAAUUGAAAAUAUUGUAAAAACAAAUAUACAAACAAAAAGGAAAUCAGAAGCAUUAAAUGAUGAUGUCAAUAAUGAAAGCAGUACUGCAGAUUCUUUAAAGCAACAAAAAUUAGAAAAGCAAGUUUUAAAUGGAGAAAUUACACCAUUUGAAGCAAUCAAAAAACAAUCUGAUUCGUCAGAAAAUCAUGAAACAUGUGAUAGAACAUCUAGUUUAUUAGAUCUUGAAAAGUACCUUCGCCAACAAGCUGAACUUGGCAGGCAAAGGCAAGAAUUAAAAAAAAACUCAAAGACAUCCAAUAAUAAAAAUCAAAAGAUUGUUAUUAAAAAUUCAAAAGUAUCAAACACAAUUUCUGAAGAAACAAACUGUAAAUCUCUUAAAAGAAAAAUACCUUCAGAGCAUAAAACAAUUAAACAUUUGCAUAAAGAUAAAGAUAAUAGUAUUCAUAAUGACAUACAAAGUACAAAAGUUACAGAAGUUAAUAAAGCAGUUAAAGGAAAUCAACGUCCAAAAAAUAUAUCUAAUUUUUCUAGCAUUCCAAAAGACAAUACUAAUAAUAAAACAGUUGAAAGUAGAGACAAUAAAGAUUCUAUAGAUGUAAUAAAUGAUUCUGGAAGUGAAUAUGUUCCAAGUGAUGAACAAAUUGAUUCAGAAGAUGAAGUACCAUCAUCCAAGAGAAAAAAAUCUUCCAUAAAAUCUGUUCAUGUUAAAAGAGUUUUAGAUGAUGGCAAUGAAGAAAUAUACAAACAAAGAGUGGAGACAGGUAGUUUCUCAAAAAAUGAAUCACUACAUAAAAUAGAUAAUUUAUUUAAAGUUCCACAGUCCAUUUGGAAAAAAUUAUAUAGAUAUCAAAAAGUAUCUGUACAGUGGCUUUGGGAGUUGCAUUGUCGCAAUCAAGGGGGAUUAUUAGGAGAUGAAAUGGGAUUGGGAAAAACGGUUCAAGUUAUUGCAUUUCUUGCAGGUUUGGAUUGUAGUGAGUUGCUUUCUGAUGGUGGAAGAUUUAGAGGAUUGGGACCCACCAUAGUCAUUUGUCCAGCUACUUUAAUGGAACAGUGGGUAAAGCAUUUUCAUGAGUGGUGGCCUAUUCUAAGAGUAGUUGUCUUACAUCAAUCUGGAAGUUAUAAUGGUGAUCUAGAAUAUUUAAUACAUUCCUUGCAAUGUGGUGGCAUAUUAGUUACUUCUUAUUCUAGUAUGCUUAAUCAUAAACAAAUACUUGUGUCAGCUGAGUGGCAUUAUGUUAUUCUUGAUGAAGGUCAUAAAAUAAGGAAUCCUCAAGCGAAGGUUAGUAAAGCAGUAAAAGAAUUCUCAACACCACAUCGACUAUUGCUAACUGGUAGUCCAAUGCAAAAUUCCUUGAAAGAACUAUGGUCUCUUUUUGAUUUCAUCCUACCAGGAAAAUUAGGUACUUUACCUGCAUUUUUAGAACACUGUGCAGGUCCUAUUACUCGUGGAGGGUACGCAAAUGCUAGUCCUCUGCAGGAAGCUACUGCUCUUCAUGUUGCAACAAUGCUCAGAGAUGCUAUCACGCCGUACAUGCUUAGAAGAACUAAACAGGAUGUUCAGCAUCAUGUUAGUUUACCAGAAAAGAAUGAACAGGUAUUAUUCUGCAGUUUAACUGAGGAACAAAAAAAGCUGUAUAAAAAAUAUUUAUGUUCCGAAGAUGUUUCUUUUGUAUUACAUGAAAAGAAGUAUGUAGAAACAGGAAGAUACAGAGCGCGCCUAUUAAUAGCCUUAUCAGCGCUUAGAAAAAUAUGCAAUCAUCCUGAUUUAUUUGUUUAUUCAACUCCACUUGAUUCCGAUGAGGACAUAAACAUGUCAGAAGAAUCUCUAGAAACUUUUGGCUAUUGGAAACGAUCUGGCAAAAUGAUAGUAGUACAAUCUCUUCUUAAAAUUUGGAAGAAACAAGGUCACAGAGCAUUGCUAUUUACUCAAGGAAGACAAAUGAUGCAUAUUUUAGAAUCUCUGGUACAACAUGAAAAAUAUUCUUAUUUAAGAAUGGAUGGAACCACCCCCAUGUCACAGCGGCAGGAGACAAUUAGAUUGUUUAAUGACGAUUCUUCAUAUUUUGUCUUUCUAUUAACAACACGUGUUGGAGGAUUAGGAGUAAAUUUAACUGGGGCAAAUCGAGUAAUCAUAUAUGACCCAGACUGGAACCCAGCGACCGAUGCUCAAGCAAGAGAACGUGCAUGGAGAAUCGGUCAAAGUAAAAACGUCACUAUUUAUAGACUCAUUACUGCUGGUACCAUUGAAGAGAAGAUAUAUCAUAGGCAAAUAUUUAAAGUACUGCUUUCCAACAAAGUUUUAGAAGAUCCACGUCAACGUAGGUUAUUUAAAACUUCCGAUUUAGUUGAACUUUUUAAUUUCAAUGAAUCCAUUGAUGGACAUUCUAGCGAAUCUGAUCAGUUGUUCCGAGAAUCCAGGUUGACUCCAGGAAGUACUAAAUUUUCUUCCAGUAAAAUUGAAAAAAUGCGGCAAUUGGCUGCCACGCUUAGUAAAAAUAUAAGUCAAAAUACAGUAAACUCUAAAUCCACCACGCAAAACGCUAACACUUCAGAAAAUAAUCAGCAAAUAUCUGAAAAAGAUUCAACAAAACAGGAGGGUGAAACUGACGUAGAUGUCCAUAACACACAUGAAAAUCAAAAUACAGAUAGAAGCGAUAUUAAGCAAAAUGAUAUUUCGAGCAGUAUUGAGCAUAAUAUGCAAGUUGGUGCGCCAGAGAAUGAAGUACAAAAUAAAGACGAUACUUCAAGUAAUAAUAAUAAUAAUAAUAAUAAUAGUUCAGAAAAUCUAAUUACUGAUUCAAAUACAGUGAGUUCAACGGGUAAAGGGAAUGAUACAGUUUUAUGCAACAAGAAUGGGAAUGCAGCACUGAAAUCGGAUAAAAUACAUCGUAAACAUAAAAAGAAUAGAAAAACUUCUGGAUCAGACAAACAUGUAGCUUCAGCUUUGUUCGAAGGUGAACGUAUUUCGUAUUUGAUUGGGCGACGUCUCGGACGUUCUGAAACAGAUCAUUCUACUUCAACCGAAGAUGAUCAAUAUGUAUUAGAAAAGUUAUUCGCCAAAGCGUUACUUCUGCAUUUCAACAUGAUACAGUAUUAUCGAAUUCAAGUUAUAAUUCGGACGAUAGCAAUCCAAUGCAACGUUUGGCUCGUGAAACUGCGCAAGAAAAUAUGGAUAAUAUUCGUAAAUCUCGGAAGUGGUGUUGGAAACCUACAUGGGAUUCUGUGUCCUCAAAAAAUGAUUGAUUCGAUUUUGAAAAUGGUAUAUUGGCAGUUAAAAAACAUAAACUUUAUAUACAUUAUAUUUAUUGAUAAUUUAGUCCUCUUAAAGAAAAGUGAUCUUCACUUUCUCAGUAUUUAUAAAUUAGCUCUUAUGCAUUUGUAUUGAUUUGUAUUUACAUUAGUAAGAAAGAAAGUUUUAUUUUUAUAAACAUUAUGUGUUGUUAACUUAAAAUUAAAUAUUUUUAUUUAAAUUAUUAAAGUAU